AGAAAGCAGAUUUCUGCAGAAGCCGAAUGGCUCAGUUUUAAUAAUAUCCAGAUGCGUUUGCCCGCUGGUUGGACUCUCUCUCUCUCUCUCUCUCUCUCUCUCUCUCUCUCUCUAAGGUGGAGAUCGUGCGAGCUUCAAAACUUUCACAUGCGUUGAGGCCUUUUUAUGUUGCUGGUGCCAGACAGCCACGACCCAUCACACGACGAAAGCGAGUCACUGACUCAGCGUUCAUUGUCACACCAAGGAAACAAAGUCUGAAAGAUCUCAAAGGCCAACACCAGCACGUUUAAUAUUCCCCUCCAGAUACGAUGCUUUUCUCUUUCUCAGUAACCCCUACGGAGCAUCACUUCCUGGUCAAUCAGGUGCCAGAAAAUCCAGACACUCCCCCACCUCCCUCCCCAUCUCCCUCUGAAGCCCCUCUCCUCCUUGCCUUCAUGAUGCGGCUUGGUUUGCUUAGGUGAUUGCUGAUUGGAAUUGCAUUCGGCUCGAGCUCAGGAAAAGCAAGUGGCCGGCAAAGCCCACUCAUGCUGCAGCAAGAGAAUGAGUCUGAUGCCUGCUUCUGUGCUGCAACAAGAGAAUGAACUUGAACAGUUCUGUUAGAAACUGUAGCUGUCCCCUUGCCACCUCUAACGUUUGCAUUCAUUCUCUGACUUACUUCCUUCUCUCCGCUUCCUUUUUGUAUGAGCGGAAAGCUUCAGGCUUUGAGGAAAGAAAGAGGUUCGAUGUUGAUGUUUAGAACUUGAAAAGGAGCAACUACUUUUUGGGUCCCUUUGUUUGCCAAAGCUGGAUUUAGUCUGUUUGUGUGUUGUUUCACUAGGCCAGAACGUGCCUAGUUUGUGAUUUGAGCGAUUUUUCACGCGGUGUUGAUAUCUAGCGAUCCUUUAGGAAAUUUGUUCUGGUUUGCUUUUUUCGGAUUUUCCGGACAACAUGAUCCCUGCUUGCAUACUUAUGAUUAUUGUAAUAUGUAGCGGAGUUUUUGUAGAUGGGUCUGGCCGAAAUGCGUCAUCCAGGCCGCUUGUGGUCAAUUUAGGAGCCAUCUGUACUUUCAGUUCGACUAUAGGGUCUGUCGCUAAAAUUGCAAUCACUACUGCAGUAGAGGAUAUCAAUUCCAAUUCCAGUAUUCUUGGUGGAACUAAACUAAACAUCACCAUGUUAGACUCCAACACCAGUGGGUUUCUUGGCAUAGUUGAAGCUUUGCAGUUUAUGGAGAAGGACACUGUCGCUAUAGUUGGUCCACAGUCCUCCGUGCUUUCUCAUGUCAUAUCACAUGUUGCCGACGAACUGCAAGUUCCUCUUCUUUCUUUUGCUGCCACGGACCCUACUCUUUCUUCACUUCAAUACCCCUUUUUUGUUAGGACAACGCAGAGCGAUUUUUACCAAAUGGCAGCAAUUGCUGAGUUUGUUGACUACUAUCGUUGGAAAGAGGUAAUUGCACUUUUUGUUGAUGAUGACUAUGGAAGGAGUGGGGUAUCCGCUUUAGCUGAUGAACUUGAGGAUAAACGGUGUAGGAUUUCUUACAAAGCUGCAUUGAGACCUGGAAUGACUAAAAGUGAUGCCGUCGACAUGUUGGUGAAAUUGGCACUAAUGGAAUCACGAGUUAUUGUUGUCCAUGUCAAUCCUGGUUCAGGUCUUAUGAUUUUCUCUGUGGCAGAGUAUCUCGGAAUGAUGAGUAAUGGGUAUGUAUGGAUAGCUACGGAUUGGCUUUCCUCGUAUCUUGACACUCAUGGUAAUUCUAUCGGUUCAGAAACCAUGCGUACACUCCAAGGAGUUAUCGUGAUGCGGCAGCAUGUGCCUGAUUCAGAAAAAAAGAAAGCCUUCGUAUCGAGAUGGAAUGAUUUGGUCAAGAAGGAGGGAUUGAUCAGUCUGGGGUUGAACUCAUAUGGUCUAUAUGCAUAUGAUACUGUGUGGCUCUUAGCACAUGCCCUUAAUGCAUUUCUUAAUGAAGGAGGUACUAUUUCUUACUCAAACGAUCCGAUGCUGCACAAUGCAGAAGGAAGCAAAAUGAACCUUGAAGCAUUAAGUAUAUUUAAUGAAGGGAAGGAGCUUUUGAGAAGAAUAUGGCAGACAGAUUUUAUCGGUGUAACUGGUCACUUUCGGUUUGAUUCCUCCGGAGACCUGCUUCAUCCAGCAUAUGAUGUAAUUAAUGUUGUUGGGACUGGGUUCAGGAUAAUUGGUUAUUGGUCUAACUAUUCUGGCUUAUCCAUAGAAACACCGGAAAGUCUUUACUCUAAGCCACCAAACAUUUCAAAUGAAGAGCUUCGUAGUGUUAUCUGGCCUGGGGACACAACAACACAGCCUCGUGGUUGGGUCUUUCCAAAUAAUGGAAAGCAGUUGAUAAUUGGUGUGCCUAAUAGGGCAAGUUACAAAGAAUUUGUCUCACUGGUUAAGGGAACUGAUAAUACAAUGAACGGUUUCUGUAUAGACGUAUUUACAGCUGCACUGAACUUAUUACCAUACCCUGUUCCUUACAAAUUCGUGCCAUUUGGAGAUGGUAAAUCAAACCCAAGUUACAAUGAACUUGUACAGCGUGUUGAAACAAGAUUCUUUGAUGCAGCAGUUGGAGAUAUUGCCAUUGUCACCAACAGGACAAAGUUGGUGGACUUUACACAGCCUUAUGCUGAGUCUGGACUUGUUGUGGUCGCUUCCACAAAAAGGAUGAAAUCAGGUGCUUGGGCAUUCCUGAAGCCCUUCACUCUAAAAAUGUGGGGUGCGACUGCAGCAUUUUUUAUUAUAAUGGGGGCUGUUGUGUGGACUCUUGAGCAUCGGGUGAAUGAUGAGUUUCGUGGCCCACCAAGGCAGCAAAUUGUUACAGUUCUUUGGUUUAGCUUCUCAACAAUGUUCUUCGCACACCGAGAGAGCAUGAUGAGCACCCUUGGACGUUUUGUUCUUGUUAUGUGGCUUUUUGUGGUCCUGAUAAUUAAUUCAAGCUACACAGCAAGCUUGACUUCCAUACUUACGGUGCAGCAGCUUUCUUCACCUAUAACUGGAAUUGAAAGCUUGAUAGCAAGUGGAGAGCCAAUUGGAUUCCAAAUCGGUUCUUAUGCUGAGAACUACUUGAUUGAGCUAGGUGUGUCAAAGUCUAGGCUGCAAACACUUCGCUCACCAGAAGAAUAUGCCGAUGCCCUGGAGAAAGGUCCAACCAAUGGUGGUGUGGCUGCAGUAGUCGAUGAGCUUCCUUACAUUGAACUAUUUCUUUCAAAACACUGCAAGUUUGCUAUUCGUGGAAAAAUGUUUACUAAGAGUGGUUGGGGUUUCGCAUUUCGCCGGGAUUCUCCGUUAGCAACUGACUUCUCAACUGCAAUACUAUUGCUAGCAGAAAAUGGUGAUCUCCAAAGGAUCCAUGACAAAUGGCUGACAAAUUCUGGUUGUGGUUCUCAGAGUGAUGAUAUCAGCUCAAAUCAGCUUGAUCUCAGAAGCUUCUGGGGUCUGUUCUUAAUUUGCGGGAUUACAUCAGUAGUUGCUCUCUCUAUUUUCUUCUGGAGGAUGGCGGUCAUGUUCACUCGGCAUGGUCGCCAUCACGGUGUAGCUGAACCUUCUGAAGGCAGUUCUAGGUCCAGACGCCUGCGAACAUUCUUUUCAUUUGUGGAUGAGAGGGAAGACACAUCAGUGCACAAAUCUGGUAGAAAGAAUGGCGAGGAACCAAAGAACAGCCACUCAAGUGGCAGAGUCUGAGCUGCUAGUUUUAUGACGUGAAACUCGUUACGGCAGGAACUUUCAGGUGAAAAGAAAAGCAAGAAAACGCCAACAAUUUUGCCAAGGGCUUCUGGUCUGUGGUGAGAAGGAUAUAGCUGACCUUGAUAUCCAAAUCGCAUUAUAAGGACCUUUCUUGAAGCAAUCUGGAAUUGUCGACAUGCAGCCAUUUUUACUCCUCAGCUUCUCUAAGCUGCAUUUAUCUUUUACAUUUUUUUUGUUUUCAAUUCCUUUGCACAUAAAUUUUCAAUUUCUGUUUUAUAUUAUAGUCACCAAUAUAAAUCAAAGAACAAUAAAGGAAUAGUAAGUUCUCACAAUAAUUUGACUGUUCCC